AUGGAACUUGGCGUUUCUCACUUCGUAGGUAAGCAAUUUUCAGAUACGUUCCAAGCGCUCGUGCAACUCAGUGAAGCGAAUAGUGCGCAAUUGGCGCGGCAAGCGCUGGACGGCCAGAACGUAUACAACGGAUGCUGCUGCCUUCGCAUCGACUACAGCAAACUUGCUACGCUUAACGUGAAAUAUAACAACGACAAGAGUCGCGACUACACCAACCCUAAUUUGCCGUCGGGCGAGCUCACGCUGGAGCAGCAGCUCAGUCUCGGCUAG